AUUUCCGUUUCUUGGGAGUCUGGCGUAGUUUCUGUAGGGAUUUCGUUGGAAAUGGUGUUUGAAUUAUACAGAUUCCGGACUAAUCUAGUAGAGACUACUUUUACUAUUUCGUGCAAAUUAAGCAGCGUUGUGCUUUGCUAAAAUGCUGAUCGAAGAGAAUUGUUUACAAUUGUCGGAAGUGUGCUUUGAUUUUGGAAGUUACGGUAUUGGUAAUGCAUCUUGCUGAACAGCGCUGGCUACCGAAAUGGAUGGCCAGAGCCUAGAGGUCUCCAGCUGGAUGGUUUGCAGCGAGUUAUGGAAAUAUAUAGAGAAGGAACAUCAGGCAAAAUGCCUCGGCUUGUGAUCUAAGAAGAUGGGUGCUAAUGCAUCUAACUACCCACAUUCAUGCUCCCCACGGGUAGGGGGAAAUUCGCAGACACAGCAAACAUUUAUAGGAACAUCAUCCUAUUCACAGCAAGGCUAUGGCUGUGAUUCAAAGCUGUACAGUCUUGAACAUGGCCAUGAGAAACCUCAGGACAAGAAGAAGAAAUCUUCCAGUCUUGCAACACUUAAAAAAAAGUUCAUUAAACGAAGGAAAUCGAGUCGCUCUGCUGAUCAUGUCAAGCAGAUGCGUGAACUACUCUGUGGCUGGGAUGUAAGGGAUGUUAAUGCAUUAGUUGAAGAAUAUGAAGGUACUGCUGCCUUAAAAGAACUAUCUUUGCAAGCAAGUUUGGCAAGGCCAGACACCAGGACUUUACAGAAAGAUUUGGCAGACCUUUAUGAGUACAAGUACUGCACUGAUGUGGAUUUAAUAUUUCAAGACACCUGUUUCCCUGUUCACCGAGCCAUUUUAGCUGCAAGAUGCCCCUUUUUUAAGACAUUGUUAUCAUCUUCCCCAGAGUAUGGGGCAGAGAUAAUGAUGGACAUAAAUACUGCUGGUAUUGACAUGUCUAUGUUUUCUGCUUUGUUACACUACCUUUAUACUGGGGAAUUUGCUGUGGAUGACUCCCGAUUUCAAAAUGUUGAUAUUUUGAUCCAGCUGAGUGAAGAAUUUGGAACACCUAAUUCUUUAGCUGUAGAUUUACGCGGACUCUUUGAUUACAUGUGUUAUUAUGAUGCUGUUCUAAGUUUUGCUUCCAAUCCCGAGUUAGAAACAUUUGGUGGAAACCAGGGUUGCCUAGAGGAAGAACUUAGAGCACACAAGGCAAUCCUGUCAGCACGAUCACCCUUUUUUAGAAAUCUUCUUCAAAGACGUAUAAGAACUGGUGAAGAAAUUACAGAUCGAACACUUCAGACUCCAACAAGAAUUGUGUUGGAUGAAUCCAUCAUUCCCAAAAAAUAUGCUAAAGUUAUUUUGCAUUGUAUGUACACAGACGUAGUGGAUAUGUCCCUUGUUUUGCAUAGUAGUCCAUCUGUGGGGAGCUUAAGUGAAGUUCAGGCUUUGGUAGCAGGAAAACCAAACAUGACUAGGGCUGAGGAAGCGAUGGAACUUUAUCACAUAGCUCUGUUUUUGGAAUUCAACAUGCUUGCACAAGGCUGUGAAGAUAUUAUAGCUGAAAGCAUCUGUCUGGAUUCCUUAAUCUCCAUUUUGAAGUGGAGUUCCCAACCAUAUGGCUCUAAAUGGGUCUAUCGUCAGAUUCUGCAUUUCCUCUGUGAGGAAUUCAGUCAAGUCAUGACAUCUGAGGUCUUCUAUGAAUUCACCAAGGAUCAUCUGCUCACUGUUCUUCAGUCUGAUUAUUUACAGUCAAGUGAACAAGACAUCUUAAAAUAUCUUGUUAAAUGGGGCGAACAUCAGCUGAUGAAAAGAAUGGCAGACAGAGAGCCCAAUUUGUUAAGUGGGACUGCUCACAGUGUCAACAAACGAGGUGUAAAAAGGAGGGACCUCGAUAUUGAGGAACUGAGAGAGAUACUGUCACCUCUCUUACCUUUUGUUCGUAUUGAGCAUAUUCUGCCAGCAAAUAGUGAAGUGCUGAGUGAUGCUAUGAAAAGAGGCCUGAUUAGCACCCCUCCCUCAGAUAUGUUGCCGGUAGCAGAAGGAGGAAAAUCAAAUGCCUGGUUACGUCAGAAGAAUGCUGGAAUAUAUGUUCGUCCCAGAUUGUUUUCACCAUAUGUUGAAGAAGCAAAGUCUGUUUUGGAUGAAAUGAUGGUAGAACAAACUGACCUGGUUCGCUUGCGAAUGGUUAGAAUGUCCAAUGUUCCAGAUACUCUGUACAUGGUGAACAAUGCAGUUCCACAGUGCUGUCACAUCAUCAGUCACCAGCAGAUAAACAGUGGGCAGUCCAGCCCUCCUACUGUGAUAGCCAAUGAAAUCCCAGUCCCUCCUCUUAACAUUGUUAAAGAGAUGAUAAGGAAGCUUCAGGAACUUCGCCAUACUGAACAGGUGCAGAGAGCAUAUGCUUUAAACUGUGGAGAAGGUGCCACUGUCAGCUAUGAAAUUCAGAUUCGUGUUCUGAGAGAAUUUGGACUUCCUGAUGCAGCUGCUGAACUCCUGCAGAAUCCUCAUAAGUUCUUUCCUGAUGAACGGUUUGGUGAUGAAAGUCCUGUUUUGACAGUAAGGCAAACUGGAAGAUGUCGAAUUAAUAGCACUCCUGCUGCAGAAACAAUGUUUACAGACAUUGACCCCUAUGUGGCCUUCCAUCCACCAUUACCUCCACCACCACCUCCUUAUCACCCACCAGCCACACCAAGUCAGAAUCACCUUAAAUCUGGCUGGAAACAAAGAUUACCCAGUCAACCCCCUUCGCGAUCCUUUUCUUAUCCUUGUAACCAUUCACUGUUCAACCCUCGUGCAGUUUCGAAAGCUGUUUAUCCUAAUAUUAAAGUGCUUCCACCUGAUUGCACUAAUACGACAGGAUUUGGAAGGCCAGCAGUUGAGCAGCAGAUUAGUCCUGAACCUAUGCUGAACGAACUUGUUCCUGAUAUUGCAAUGGGAGUGUCUUCAAUGUCCCUGAAGGAAAGGAGACUCCCUGAACUGACUGAUACAACUGUGCAUCACUCAGAACCAGUUCCAGGAUCUUCUCAGCAUGCUUCUUGUAUUCAGAACAGGCACAUGUAUGGGUCGCGUGUGAAAUAUCCACUUGAGCAGAAAGCAGAGAUCAGAGAAACCCAUCAGGAAUACCCUGACCUGUAUGAUAUUUCUAAUACUGCUUGCAGACCUUCUACACCAGCAUCUAGUAGACAUACCUCUAUGACAUCACAUGGUCUUUAUUUAGGUCCAGAUCUGUACAACCAUAACAGACCACCUCAAAGUGGUCUUUUACCAACUUACUUGCCACAUCAGGCAUCACCGAAAAAGCAUGAAGAUUCAAGAAGGGAGUAUUUGCUUUCUCAGGAUGUACAUCAGCAGAGACAAAAGAAGGAGCCGCUACACCUUGAUGUCUUGGAGCAGCCUCCUCAGAGGCUUGACCUUGCACUGGCAGCGCAGGAGAAUGCUGCAAAUUCUGCACUCACAAGAGGCAUAAUAAAAAUAGACACUGAUUUGACCUAUGGUUUAGGUCCUGUUCGUCCCUCACUAACUGCAUACAGCUCAGAGGUACAUGAAGAGAGGUCUUGCAGGAGAACAGACAGUGGUCCACUAGAGCAUGGAGCCAUUGCACCAGUUCAGAGAAAUGCAGAGACAGAAAGAGAGGAUGCAGUAAGUCGAGAAAGGAGGUCUCCAUGCAAACCAGACUUUCCAUAUAAAAAAUCUGCUCUUUGAGACUGGUCUACCAUAGCUAUUUUAACCAUAAGAGUAUUUGUUUGAGGUAUUUUUCUUUGCAGUUCUAUCACCCUAGUUGGAAAAGAGACUGGAUUUGUUUUGAGAAUCAAAAUCGUAUCAGAUUCAUUAUAAUUUAGUUUGCUGUACUCAUAUUUUUAUAUAUCUAAUCUGUUUAUUUGAAUAUAGCUGGCACAUUUUGUGUUUUAAGCAGCUGGAAUGAGCAAACAUUUUUUAACACAUUCUUAAAAAAGAGGUUUACUAAGGGGGUGAAUGGGUAUAGCCUUGUUGCUUUAAGACAUUCAGUGUAAAUACAAAGAAAGCUCUUGUGUUACUCCUUGUAAAUGGGGAUUAUAUACCAUAUGGGUGUUACUCAGGUUACAGGCCUCGCUGAGUGUAGCUGUAGCUUUAUAGUUGAAACCUUUAUUAAUAUUUUAAAUUCAUUUGCACACUUUAUGCACAUAAAUUAAUACAAAACUACAAAGGUUUCCUAAUAAUUUUAGGAUGUACGUCAUAUAAUGAAAAAUUAUAUGCAUAAAAUUAACAAACAGCGUGAGCAAAGUUUUGAAGUAAUUAAUUGUACAGUAAAAUAUAAUAUACUUAUUAAUGUUAAUUAUCUAAGAGUUUGCCAGAUCCUCAUGUCUCCCAUUACUUAUUAGUUUGUUUUGUCUUUUUCAAGUCUGCAGAAUAAGCGUCUUCAUCAUGAAAGCAUACUGUUAGCAAAAGUAAUUUCACUUGUGUACUGUUUUUUUGGAACUUUUGGUUCUAUAGCCACAACACGUAUGCAGGACUUUAGUGCAUUCUGUUAUGUGCUUCCUGUUUGAUAGUCUGUGUUGGUUAGAAAACUUUGGGACUAUCUCAGUGUCAUCGUGAGAAUUCCAUUGUCCCAAUUAAGUAUCUUUUGCUCUGGUAUUCUGUGAGAAUGUGAAGGUUCUUUUUUGCAUUUGUUUCUUCAUGUCUUUUGACCCAUUCCCUUGCCUUUUCAGCAGUUAUUUUAAAUGGGGGCUUCAUUGUAUUUACAGUCACUUUUCACAUUAAGCAAGUUUUGUUGUGUUUAAAUCAAACUCUUCUCUACUCAUAACUUCUGUCUGCAGAUGUUAUUCCAGUGGCUUUGGUGCCUAUCUUGUCAGAUAUUUUUUCCUUUUUUUUUACAUGGAUGCCUUGGAAGCCUAGAAAGUAUUUUGCCGUUUGUAUUUUCUAGGUUGCUUUCUUGAGUGCAUGUGCACACGUGUGUUUUUUUCCUUCUCAUAUACCUGGGGUCACUCACUCAUCCAUUAUUUAGUUUUACUUCUUUCCCUGUUUGUAUGUUAAGAGUAUGGUAAUCUGUGUUUAGCAUCUUCAGUUUGUAAGUAGACUUGCUUACUUCAUGUUUUCAUUGAGAAUAGGUGCUUAUCAUUUGAAUUUUGUUAGUGUGUUUAUGGUGCAGAUUUGAAAACCAUACUUUUGAUUUGAUGAGCAUUUUGUUUGGAUAACUUUUUUUUUUUUUUUUUUUUUUUUUUUAAGUGCAGCUAAUCAGAUAUUUUGUAAUGCAUUUCUCAGUUGUCUGCAAGUUUUUGCCCAUUAUUAUUUCUUUCCUUCUAACAGCAAUCCUUCAGUGCAGUGAAUGUCUGGUAUGUUUUGUAUGCUCAUAAUUCACUUUUGCAAAUACAUGUUGUAUAUCAUAACAUUUUGUUUUAAUUACAGUACUGUGCCUUCUGAACAGAACUUUUGAUUGUUGUACUUUGCCAUCUGGUGGAGUGCUCCAAUUUACUGCAUUUUAACUGCUUUCCAGCUGCUUAACCAGUCAUUUGUAGGAAAAGCAUACAUUAUCUGUAAUUGUCACCCCCUCCCACCCAGAUUAAAACUGUAACUAUCCAAUGUCUAUGUAUUGGUCAUAAAAAAUUAUCACAAUCUAUUUCAGUCAAGUCAUGUAAGUUGUCCUUGUUUUACUGCUCCAGGUUGCAGUGUUAAAAUAUGCACAUAGUUUAAGAAAGGUGUGUAUCCUUUUGUUUUACUGCCAAAGGACAGGGAGCAGUCCCUUUGUGGAAAUCAUGUGUUACCCAUGCAUAAUGUAAACGAGUUUGUAUGUGUGUACAACUCUGUUUGCAUCUGGAGGCUUCUGUGAUUAACCGUCUCUGAAGGGUCCUCAAAAAAUGAACAUUAACUCCAGUGGCACAAAAUUGCUGUCAGAAGAUCACAGCAUUUGAAAUGGGUAUGUCACAUCAUGUGGCAAGUUCCCCACCCUUUUUGUGUAGAAGCUGCACUACUGCUUUAAUAUAAUCAAUUCUAAGGUCAUCAUUUGUCAGAGGAAAAGGCUGAUCAUUGUUUUUUGCUCAAAGUAUCAAGUGUUCAUUUUUACUUCAUCAGAUUUGGAGAAAUGCAUUUUUAUAAACACAGUUCUUGAAUUAAUGUGAUGCAAGCACUAGCAUUUCAGCAGACUUGAGUGAUUCCUGCCUUUGAAAGACAUCACCGUGGGUACUCAUGAUAUAUGUGAGAUUGUAAUUGUAGCCUUUAUGUGGAUGUUUCCUGAUUCAUGCCUUUGUUUACUGCAUGGCCAAAUCAGAUCAGAUCUGUAGUUGAGCAGAGAGUCAGGAAUCAUCAAAACUGGUAAGUCAGCAGUGCAUGUUGUCAGUUUUAGCAGCGUUACAGAAUAAGGUUGUAUAGGUGGAAACCCCCCCAGUACACCUCUUAAGCUCUCAAUCUUGGCAGUUUCUGAUAUCAUCAUCCAGUUCCCUGAUCUCUCUGAAAUAAUUGCAUGUUCGUCUAUCAAAUACUGGAGUCAGUGGAAAAAAAAGACUUCCUAUUUCACUGAUGUAUGGUGCAGAGCUCACCGUGCAUCCCUGCCAGGAGAAGUGCUUUUUUUUUUCUCAAGAGUUUAUUGUUUAGAAGUAUAUGUGUGGCUCCUUAUAAGAACAUGGCAGAGGCAAGAAUUACACCAGGCUGUGUCAGAAUUGUAGAAUGAUAGUUUAAUUUUGAAAAAAAACAUCAUACUGGCAGAUGAGACAAGUCGUUGGAACUGCAACAAGUGUUUGCCAGAUAUUUCACUGGUGCUUAGUUCUGAAUGCCUCUGUACUCUGUUCUUUCGCACUGCUUGUCAGAGUGUAAAUCUGCCUGUAUAAAAUAAUCUGUCAUAGAAUUGUUGAGGACUCUCAAAGUGUACCAGAUCCUAGCAGAGUGCCAAAACAGUGUCACCCCCACCCCCCAGUAUUUUUUUUUAUUCUAACGUAAAGUUUGCAAGUUGUGGCAACAAUGUGCAAUAUUUUGGAUGUUCAUCGUGUUACCCUGCUGCAGUCAUCACACUUGGGUUAUCCUGCCGUCAGGCGGUCCCGCAGUCGGCCCGAAUUCCAAAGUCUUGGUCUGGCGUCGGUUGCUGUCACUUCUUCCCUGACGUCAAUGCGCCAGGGGUAUAUCAGAGGUAUCCGACACCAUUUUCUUCAGUCUUUUUCUUGUCUUAGUCUUUCACGUAAACAUGAACCAUUUUAAACAGUGACAUUUUGAUUAAACAUCAUAUUGGAAAACAUGGUUAAGCAAUUAAGUACAUAGUACUUAACCACAGAAACCCAGAAGAGAUUGAAGAGAAUUUUUGUAAAAUGGCAUUUUGGAAAGAGAUCUGAAUGUUUAGAUGGAUGAAGCUAAUCUGAUAGAUUCGCCUAAGUAAACACACACACAGUUUCUGAUUGAUGCAGUCUUGUUAGGACCCAUUAGAGUGCUUCUAGUUGUGUUUGACUGCUUUGGUUCCCAGACUAUACUUUCAGCAUUAAUACAUGUUGAUGACAGUGGUCUACCUUCCACUGUAGGUAACAGUUUUUUUCCCUUGCAGUAUCCUAUAAACAUUAUUUGGUGCCCAGAAGUCCUGCAGUGUCUUUCAGUUUCAUUAUUUCCAUUUACCCAUUGUAGGUUGUAGUCCAUAAUUUUGUAUCCUAAAAUGGUCUUGCUGAGAUAAGUUAAUUGCUGAAUAUAUUAGGGGAGAAACUUCAUCCAUCUCUUCUGUAUUGUAGGCUUUUGACUGUGUUUGAUAACACCUCUUUAGUGCUGGUCCUACAGUCCUGUGUGUGUGUCCAGGAAAACCCAACAGAUUUUUUUAAGGUGCUAGACCAACACAAACAGCUGUAUAACAAGCCUACAUCAGAUCCAUCAGUUAUUUCCAUUGGUAAAUCUGGGCAUCCAGGCUGGUGGCAUUCCAGGGCAAUCUUCCAAAAAUGACUGGGAAAAUAGAGUUGUAGAUAGUUUUGUUAAAAAGGUUUGUAAACCAAGCAAGAAAUCCUGAAAAGUUAGAUUGAUAGUUGCUUUUGCAUGAGAUUUGUUCAAGCUCAUGGGGAGAAAGGACAGGCAACCUAGAAUGAGAUUUUUUCUAGCUCAUGGGAAAAAGUUAGGACAGGCCAUUAGACCUCACAUUCAGUAGCAGAUUCCCUUCUCUACUGGCAGACAUAUUUUUCUGCCACUACUGACACUGACUCAUGAUGGAAGAAGGCUGUGUGGUCAGCUUUCACAUAACUAACAAAAAAUAGGGAUAGAGAGUCCAGAAGUAAAAAGUGUUACAGGUCGUCUGCAGUUCGACAUUUUUUUUGAUGCUGUUGAAAAGCUGACCAUUAAUCAGCAGUUCAAAAAUUACCAGCUUUUUUCUUUGAGAUCACAGAACUGUGUGGAUUGAGGAAUGUGCUGUUUCCCCACUGCAGUGCAGUCUCUCAUUUGGUUUAUUUAAUUAGCAGGGGGUGUGGGGGACACAGCCACUCAUCUAGGGGGGCUUUCCUCCCAUGCAGAACAGGUUAAGGUUGUAUCUCAAUCUUUGUUUAAUUUGACAUGUUAAGGAAAUGUCAUAAAUCCCUAGAUUUAAAACAAAGCAGCAACUGUCAAAAAAACAGAAAAAUGUUUGAUUUGAUGACUAAAACACCAGCCAGCAAACCAGGUUUCAUUUCCAGUCGGUGGAACAUCUGCAUUGCCGACAUCUUAACAAACCAACCCAUAUUUAGAGGAACCAAAGCAGGAAAUGGAGAGUAAAUAUAGUAUGCAUUUGCUUCACUAAUUAAAUCAGAACAAACUUCAUAUUGCAUAGAAAGUCACCAGUAAUCCCAAUUUUAAUUUACAAAUACAUCUACUCAUCAGCAUGUUAACCCACUUUAUAUAUGAAAACUUACUCAGAAAGUUAUGUCAUUCAGUUUGGCAGACUCUAGUGGACCAAUGAUAUCAUUACAAGAUGUAAACGAUUUUUAAAAUCCUGUUAACAUACAAAAAAGGCAGAACUUUUUCUUUUCUUAGAAUGAAAAAUAUGCAAUUUAGCUUCUUUAGUAGAAGUUGACAUCAUCCUGUCAAUCCCUGUAAACUUAAAUUUAUGUGUUAUGUUGUAUCUUAUGUCAGACUAAUGCAGUGCAUUGUCUAGAAUGUUUAAGGUCAUGUAUAUGUAAAGUCAUUCUUUUUCAGAGGACCUGGGGUUUCCUCUACACUGAAUGUUUGCAAAUCCCAAGGUAAAUAAACAGCUGUAUGCUGCAGGUAAAAAGUUCUGUGAUGUCAAAAAUUCUGUGGUAUUUUUAAUAGAAAAAGAUUAGACCUGGGCAACAAAUGAACAAAACAGCACAAUUGCCACAAGGGAAACAAUCCUUGGGUUUAGUAGCUGAAAUACGUUUGAGUAAAUUUAGACCUGUAGGGGUCCUUAAAGUAAAGUUAGCAUCUUGCCUUUUCUGUAUGCAAAACACGUUAUUCAGAAAUAACAGUGCCAAAAAACUUGUUAGUUUUCAUAAAUAGCCGAUUUUUAUUAACAAUGAUCCUUAUUUUAUAACUUCCAUAAGUCGGUAAAAAUGUAGGUGGUAACCUGGCAGAAGCCCCAAAAAUCUAGGUGGUAACCUAGUUGAAGACCCAGUUUCCCUGUUUUUAACCAUCAGCAAGUUGGAAUGUUUUUUUCAGAAAUUUGCAGCAUUGUUUUCUGAAUAAGAUUCCUACUGUAUCCCUUUGUCAAAAAUAAAUUGCUAAGAUCACAAGUGCUGGUUACAGAUGCAGUUUACUGUAUGAAACUGGGAAGUAGAAGUGUUCUUGUUUAUGGAUGGCAACUUGUAAUAUAAUGUUGCAUUUCCUGGAAAAUGCUUCAUGGUACAAAUUGUUUUGUAAAGUACCAUUUAAUAGUUUAAUAACUGAAACAUUAAAAAUUGUGAUAAAUAGAUUGUUUAGCAGUAAAGCUUAACCUCAUACUAUUAUUUAAAUACACAACAAAGGCAAAUGUGGAUGUCACCUUCACACAAACCCCAACAGUCACUUUGAAAUCUUCUCCAUAUGUUAAAUGUGGUAAUUAUUGGAACUAUCGUAGACAUAGUGUUGCUAAAAAAAGUAAAGAUCUGCAUAAAUGGGGACAACUUUCACUCUGUAGCUUAAAAAAACUUUUACUAUCAAAAUGAAUAGCUUUCUUUUCUAAUACCAGCUGCAUAACCUGGAGGAGAAACUGAAUAAAUGGCUUGGAAUAUAACUCCACUAGUGGUUACCAAAUACUGAAUAGCUUGUAUCCCCCUGUCAUGGGCAAUAAAAGUAUAUAAACUUUCCACAUCUACAGUGCAAAGAAAAAUGGUGUUAAGGACCUGAAUUUGAUACACAAGAAACAAGAGUUCAAUUGUGUCACCAAUGUGGUCCCUAACUAGCAUCAAAUGAGGUUUUAGUUAGAAUUGUAAAAAGUCAGAGUCUACAAGGGGGGAGCCCCUUUAAUAAGUAAUAGGUCUUCCUGAUGGUGUUCUUAUAUUUUUAUGUACCUUAGGAAGUAAAUAAAAAUGUUGACUCAUAGGUAACUUCAUAGUUAACUGUUGUAUAACAUAGUAAAUGACUGUUUUCCAUGUUAUCAGAAAAUUUGUUUUGAUUUAAUUAAUUAAUUGAAUUUAUAAUAUAUUUAUUCUCCAUGGUUUCUUGGAGUCAGCACUGAAGAAGUUCCACCUAGUUAGAACAAAACUUGGUUUGCUUGCUGUUGUUUUGAUCUUCACAUCAAGUAUUUUUUUUGUUUGAUUGUUCGGUUUUCUUUUUUAUUUUAUAUAAAUUUUAUAUGUGUACCUUUUCAGGUAGCUCUAUGCACUUUUGUUUUGGUGUAUGUAUAUGUGUAUCGCACACACACACACACACACACACACACACACACACACACACACCUUUAAAUGUGCCAUUUCUGGUAUUCUGUUCUCUCUCUCUCUCAUGUACACAGUAUGUUAAAAAAUUGCUGCCAAAAAAAUUAUAGCGGGCCCUUGUACAACAUACCAUUUGCUGACCACCACGUCCUGAAUUGUGAUAUUGAAUUUGCCCAUCGUGGAUCAAAAAUUUGGUUUACAAAAAAACAGUUGUGAAAUGAAUAUUACAGAAAAGUGUGCCACAGAACACAACAGACAGAAAAACCCAUAAAGUGACUACACUGAAACUAUCAUACCAAAAUUCCACUCCUUUAGGGAGGAGAUGCAGUUGUCCAUGCCUUCUAAGCCUUGGUACGGUCUUUUAACUUCCAGUAGUCAAGUUUGCUUCUUCCAUACCAAAAGACAGUCUUGGGAGCCAUUCCAGCUCCCACAUCCCAUUAACAUGUCCUUUCCCAGGACAAAAUCUUACUCCUGAACCACUUCUUCCUGAGGACAUUCCUGAAAUCUGUUCCAACAUUCCGAAUGUUCUUGAAAACCAUGUGGUUUAUGUCACCCACCAGUGGUACUUCAGAAGCUAGUGGGACCAAUGCAUUUUGUUGAAAGUAAUUCUUUUCAUCUCCAUCAAGAAGGAACUCAUUUUGGUAGGCUGAAAAGGUUAUCUGCAACCAAAGCUUUCCCUUUACCCCCAUCAGUUUUGAGUCAGAAGCUCACCAUUUGCCUUAGACUAUGGCUGUGGAUCUCAAAUGCUUUUAAUCAAAGUGCAGGUCAUAUACUCCACACACCCUUGAAACAACACACAAAUGUGAUAAAAAGAUGAUGGCAAAUUCCAUCUCAAGUGUUCAUAUCAGUACUAAACUCAGGGAGCCUUCAAAUGGUACCUGGACGUACAUACUAGAUGUGGCGCACCAGAAAGCAUAGGGUGCAUGUGUUCAUACCCUCCCUGCAGGAUAGCUUUUGAAGCUUUAGAAGUCCUGGCAAUCCAUUUGGCAUGCAUAUGUGGACUGUCUACAUCACCGGCCUUCAGAGCUCUGCGCCAAACUGCCUGAAUGGUGACUUAACUGAACAAAGGGAGUUUUCCUCAAGACCACAGAAAAACAUUAGAAGAGAGACAUAUUUGCAUCUCCAGAGAGCCACCGCAUUUCAUGCCAGUGCAAAACACACAUCGCAGAUUCAUUCACAUGUUUAGUUUACUUGCUGCAGGUUUUAUAAGGCUUAAGUGAAACUCUCAUAUCUGUUAGUCUGACUCAGAAAAAUGGCAGAUUUAUUCUGAAGCAUCACAGCUGGAACCAGGGAUUCUGUACACCUUCCCUCCAGUUCCAUUCAACCAAAUAGUUAUGGUAAAACAAAAAAUGAAAAGGGAGCACUUGCCUUGAUUGCUAUAAACUAGCAGGAAUGGUUUGGUUUUCCCAGCUAAUCUGCAUAUUCAGAAAGAUCCCAAUGACUCUUCCAGUUCAUUGCACCUUGCUGUCUCAGCAAAAAGUGGCCAUAGUAUAACCCAUCCUCAAGGGCCUCCAGUGCCAGUAAACUUUUCAGGUUAGUCUUCCUUUGUUGCAUAUUCUCCUCAUCAGUCGCCAGUUGCCUGCAUGUUAAGAGGAGACUAGAAAGCCUAACAUAGAAGAAUCUUACCAAGUGGGAGAUUUUUCUGGAUGUGUAGCAGGAAAUGCCUAGAUCCAGCAUCCUCCCUUGUGGCUCUUGUAAUGCUGUACUUGUCUGAGCUGUUUAGGUCAUGCCUAGACUACUCCACCAUUAAAGUAUAUUUGUCAUUAGGACCGGCCUUUGGUCAACUGGUGCCCUAGAUAAAAGGUCUCCACUACACCCCCCAACACCACCCUGUCCCCCCAUCCUGAUCUAUCUUUAUAGAACAGAUUACUGUAAAAGUGCCCCUGCUAGAACGACGCCCUAGGCGGCCGUCUAGUUGGCCUAUGCCUAAGGCUGGCCGUGUUUGUCAUCAGUUUCACUAUGUUUGCCUUUGGUUUCUUCAGUCUCUUACAACUUUUUAAAUGAAUUUUUGGCCCCUCCUUGCAGCUGACUGCCAGUCGCUCUCAGUGGCCUCUCCUUGUUCACCUGAUCUGCCAAUUCCAACAAGCCAUUCUGGACUUCCUCUGACCUGUUCAUGGCCAUUGAGGAGAUCGAGGCACCCUGGGGUAGUGUCAUUGCUCCUAAGGAGGUUUUUUUUCCCCAUUAUGUACUAAGUUUUUCCCCUUCUCUGUCAUGCAACUAUACUGUCCAAGAAUGGAAAUGCAGUGACUAUAUGGGUGUAUUAUUUCCUCCUUCGGGCAACUCAUCCAGUGCCCUGCCUCCCUAUACUGGUCUCUGACCUCUGCCUACGUUUGACUGCAAAGUGCACCUGAAUUUAGUCUCCCACUCCCAUGAUGGUUACACUUGUCCUCCCUGACCAGUGCCUCUAAUACCUGAGCCACUAAUUGCACCCACUCCACCUGGGUUGUAGUCGCAGCAUUGUCCCUCCAUUCGCACUAGUAGUUUCUUUCUGGUCUACUGCAAGUCCUUAAAAGCAGGCUUUACCUGAGGCCUAUCAAGAGACCAGUUUUCUCCUUCCUGGAUUUCAGCUUCAUAAAUGAGAACUCGUAGUCUUGCCUUUAUUCUGCCAAUUUUUGCUGCUGUUGGAUUUUUAUCCUAGAAUACUCUUAGUAUUCACCACUGUGGACAGGUGUAUGUUAGAAUGAGAGGGCUUGUUGUAUAAAGACCAUUAGGAAAGUUUCAAGAUUAGUUUCUACUUCAUAUCUGAGAUGGCCUCUGAUAUCUCCAAGUCAUUUCAUUCAUCUUGCCCUUUUUUAAUAAUCAGCAAAUGGAUGAUAUUUAUGCUAUCUCAUCUUUUAACAGCAUGUGCAUAUGCAAUCCAUCUUAUACUAAGUGAUCCAAAGACUUUAGACAGUCUGAGUUUGCCAGAGAAGCAGGGUAUGCCAUUAUCUAAACAGAGCAUCUUGAACUGGUUAGCUGAUGAUACUGCUACCAUGGGAAGACUGUUACUGGACAGGUCAGAACACACAGUUUAAGGUAGCUAUCACCACCAUAGCCUUCCUUAAGAUGUCUCCCCUCAGUUUCUGUAAGGCUGCUAAUUGGAUUCAGGUUACACAUUCUGCAAGCAUUAUAAAAUGGAUAUUCAGUGAAGGAGUAAGCUUGGCUUUGCCUCGGCUGUCCUAAAGGGCCUGAUGUAGUCCUAAUUGGAGGUCUGGGCUCGGUACUGUCUCACUUCUUGCUAAUUUCUCAUACAUCCUUAAAGGUACUGCAGCAAUGAUUUUUGUGAUGAACGAUGUAAAGCUGUGCUGGGAUACUUGCCCUAACUGCAUAUGUUGAAAUAGAUUCAUUGCUGCAGUAAGUAUUUCCAGCCAACCCUAACCACCCUUUUCCUGCACAUGUCUUAUUACCCUUCUUGGUAGUAUCUUCCUUUUUCGCCCCUGGGGACAGGCUGUUUCAUGGUAGCCAUGUAUACAUUGAUAAUUGUGGUGCUGUUAAUGUCAGGGUCUCUUGUGUGGUGGCAGACACAAGUGCAUAUUUGAGAGCUUAAAAUUUUGUUUUCAUUUCCCUUACUGUUUUUUUGCUGAACCUUCUCUGUUGAGUGAGUGCAGGUCAUAUAGCCAUAUUUGAUAUUGGCUGUGUGUUACAAAUAGAGGAGAAUCCCUAACUGACGACCUCUGGGGCUGUAGCUGAGCCUAGUCUGUGCAUCUGACUGCUCUGGAAGUCUGACCUGUGUUUAAAUCCCAUUCACUUAUGAAUACAUCGAAGCAGUGAUCUUGUUUGUUUGAACAUCCAGUUAGGAUGCAUACCCAUGCUUUAACAAUACUUUGAAGUGUCAUGUGCAGCUCUAGAGUAGUUGUGAAUAUACACUUGCUUGACAACUGCUUUUUUUAAAAACUGUACUCCCUACAGCCAGUUGUGGGGAAAAAAUACAUUGUAGCAACUUGUAUGAGGCUGUAAAAUUAAUAGGCUAGAAACAAGUGUACAAUUUCUUGCAUUAAAGUUGCUGACUCUGGAGUUGAUAAAGAAAUUUCAGUGAAUGGAUGAUAUUUCUGCUGUCUCUUGUCUUUUAAUAGGUCCAUUUGACCAGCAUUUUAUAAGCUACGUUUUUGUACCUAGCAUUUAAUAAUUUUAGUCACCAGUUCUGUUUUGUACUACAUGCUGGACAUGAAUCUGUUUUUAUUAACAAGAGUUACCAAAAGAGCUUUGUAAUGAGUAUGUAAAUAAAAUGCAUUUCUGGUAUACCUGUGCUGAAAGAAUAGUGUGUAUUUUGUAACCAUCCAUCUGUCGUAGCAAAAAAGGGUAUAAGGCAGAAAUCAGUCCUGGACAGGAUGUUAGUCUUUCCCAGGAUUCAUGUACACUGCACCCACUUCUAGGGACAGUUUAGAACAUCGCCAGUUAACCUAUCUGCAUGUCUUCAGGUUGUGGGGGAGAGGACUGGAGACUGCAAGGCUGCCUAAGAGGCACCCCAUUUCAUAGCCAAGCUGUGUGAGGAGCAGCACUGCCACUUGUUUGUAACCAGCACUAACUACCACUUAUUUGUAACCUUUGUUGUAUUUUCUUGUCCUGAUCCCAUCUUGUUCAUCUCCAUUUGUACGUCCUUCACCUCCCAAAAAGAGCAUGUGUGUUCAAUGUUGACUUGUACCAUUUCUGUCUGAAGUGCAUCUUAGCCUGGUGGAUUAGGAAAUUAAAUUUUCUUUACUCACAAGCAACUGUUUGCCUGAUAUUAAACCGAGGGAUUGAUGCUUUUAUCAUCAUGUCAGUUUUGCAGGUGCUUAUCCAGCAGCUUAUCUUAUUUCUCAUACACAGAAUUUCCACGUCUCCAUGAUACCUGUACUACUCCAGAAUAAUGGCAUCUCUUCUUGCAAAGUAUGCAGCCUGUGUUGAUCUCAGUUUUUCUUUCUCAUUUAUUGCCCCUUUGAUGCUCAUCAGUGAGGAUCAUUGUUACAGUAAAAUUCCUUAUACACACAGAAUUAACUGCAGGUGGAUUAGUUCUACCAGACAGUCUUCAAGAACAAGUAGACAUCCCCAGAGCCAGAACAAUGCUGGCCUCUUCCCCAUACCAAGGAUUUCAGAAAGAAGCCCCUCCUUAAAGAGGACAGCUCCUUGCCAUCUUCAGUUAUUUUUCUUCACACAAGCGAACAGUCACAUGUUCCACAUGAGCAUGUCUGUCCGUCUGUUCCUGGCAAGAUUCACGACCCUAUUUUGGGCUUUAGUCUAUUCUUUGUCGUAUUGAACUGACUGUUUUUGAGCCAAUGUUGAAGUUUUGGGUAUGUUCUCUGUGGCUUGAAAAUCCCUAGUAAAGAAAAAUAACAAAUAUAUUUGCUGGUGACAAAUUGCUCUAAAUGACUUGUGAGCAGUUUUUAUUUUUCGUGAGGAUCACUAGAUUGCAUCCUGUAAACAUUGCAAAACCUUUUAGAAAAUUACCCCCUUUAGCAAAACUCUGAAUUUAAAGGUUUUCAUGAAGGUCAAGAAGUUUGCACUGAGAGAGAGAUGGUAUCUGCCUUCCCCCUAGAUAGACAACCACCUACAAGCUUUAAGACAAACUGUCAUAGAUUCAUGGAUACACUAGACAAGUAAUCUUGAAAAACUUGUAUGAAUUUAGCCAUGUAAGUCAAAGUAUCCCUACCAGUGGGUUUGCUCUGCCUCAGCUGCACUCGCUACCUUUCUAAGGAUGGCUACACAAGCUAUCCUGGGAUGAAUUUAUGAAAAUGUAUCCAGUUGAGAGUGACAUUGAAAUAGCCUUGGGUGCUACUUUGGUUUGUAAGGGAAUCUUUUUCCAAAUAUGGAGAACAUGUUGCAUUAGGAGCCUUUAUUUGCUGAUGAGAUUAAGGUUUUUAUAAGUAUAUUAGAGGUUGAAUAGAAAAUGUUUUUUUCAUAGCACUAAAGGCUAAUCUGUCAGCAAAAACAUAAGCAUAUAAAGGAAAGGUGGGAAAAAAAUUAUCCGUGUGUACAGAUGAAGAGCACUUGGCUUUUCAUACCCCAGUGAUUCAGCAUAAGCCUGUGGGUACCAAUCUCAGGUGCUGCUUUGUUUGCUCCCAGUCCAGACACCUUCUCAACCAGCAUCCCCACAUGCGCCUUUUGGUGGAAGACAGUGGCCUCUGCUUUUGAAGCCAGCCACACCUGUGAUGGUUUUCCCUACAACAUCACAGGUGGAUGCUGGUUCAGGAGUUUGUGGGAAGGCACCAUUAUUUUAUUUUAUUUUUUUUAUGUACUCUUUAUUGAGGGAGUUCGCCCCACUAGCCCAGCAGCAUUUUUUAGGGGAGACCUGAGGUGGAAUUCAUACUGACUAGGGGAGACUUAGACUGGACACAGGGGAACUUCCCCUACUCUUUUCAGUAAGUGCCACAAGGUGUUUUACAUUCACCUAAGCUGCCUUGGUGUCUUAUGUCUACCUGAGCUACAACCACCUAAGGCAGAUGGGACCUCAGUUUAACUUCUCUUCCAAAGGGCAGCAAGCACAGGAGUAUAGCACCAUGUAAUGCUAAAGUGCAGUGUCAAUACAAAAUGAAGCCAGUCACUUUAAGCAGAAAUAAAACCCACAGGCUUCUGAUCUUCCAGCAUCAAAGGUAAGUGUGAUUUCCUUUGAGCCACUGUCAUCACCUACUACUGCUGAUGCUGGGCUAAGCAUCUUAUGGGUUCUCACUCAUAGUGAUGGCCAUUGGUACAUAUAUUACUGACUCCUGCAUCAGCCUUUGCCUUUGGUGAAUAAAAAAAUGUGGAGGCAUUGAGCUACUUCUUUCUUCUUGCUGCCCUAGCACCAUCCACAGGAGAUGUCCCCACCCUAAAAGGAUAGACAUUCUUCAGCAAAAGGGAUCAUCACUGUCUGAAGUGGAAGGAAAAAUCUGCCUCACUCCAACCAGUUUCAUUCCCACUUUGAUACAGCAUCAACAAGUGUAGUAUUGUUUUUGAGGCAUCUCUAGAGGAUGGCUGUUUUAGGGUGUUUAUGAAUUUGAUGAGGAGUUAAACAGCUGACAUAGUUUCAGAUACAAUGUCUUUGUUUAUUAGAUGGAGGAGUCCAGUCCCUCAACUGUGUCCUCCUUGGUGGUCCAGUCAUUCUAUGAUGCUUGUGGACAUCUCACUGGAACCAGUAUCACAAACCCAGUCCUGGAAGAUUGCAUUGUAUGGCCCUACAGAAGUCCAGCCAGUUGUAUAAGUACCCAGUAGUGUACCCUGAUGUUUAGAUCCCUUAAAAGUUUCCAGAUAAUAAGUCCUUAGAUUCAGCAUUCUUCCUAGUGAUAGAGAAAGUUGAGUGUAUAACUCCAAAUAAAGUAGCAUGUCUGACAGUCUUAGGAUCAGAACCAUAUAUUGGAAGACCAGCAUGAUCCCAUUGCCAUGGUGGUGUACU